AAUGUUGAGCUCCCACCCCUUCCAUCCAAUCUAAUCAACCUCGCAACAACAGAUCUUCCAGAUACCUACCUGUUUCAACAAGCAUCACAAAGUGCCGACAACCUUGACGAAUCAGAUCUUGCGCAAUGGGAUGUCAAUCCGCCAUAUCAUGCUCCUCGACCUUUGGACACCCCAGCAGAAGUUUGCUGGACACAAAACCUUGUCCAGGUGAUUCAUGGUCGACGAUGCCGAAUGGAGAGGGAGGAGGUAUAUGAGCGUGCUAAGAAGCACAGUUCAGAGGGAGUGAUGGAUCUUUGUGCUGAGUUGAGGGAAAGUAUUGACAUGCUCUUG